CUUCUCCACUCGGAAGGUUCAAACCUAAAAAGCUGUUCCCACUGACAUAUUUUCCCACUUGUUUCCUUUCACUGCCUUCCUUUUGCCUUCGUAGUUCCUUCUCCACUCAUAAGGUUCAAAUCUAAAAAGCUGCUCCCAUUGACAUAUUUUCCCACUUGUUUCCUUUCACUGCUUUCCUUCUCCACUUGUUUUCUUUUACUGCCCUCUUCUCUCCAUUCCCAUAUUGUCUUAUGCAAUUGAUGAGCUUCGCGCUCAAAAGGCUUCACGAAUGAUUGCAUCAUUUUGGUAAAGUCUGCAUUUUCUAUUCUCAAACCUUCAAGAAAGAAGAAGUCCAAUUUCUAGACGAACUGAGACUACAUAAUGGAGAACUUUGUUGGGCCAAUCAUUGAAAUUUUGAAGUUUGUUGGUGAUCCAAUUGUGAGUUACUUAAAAUAUCAGAUAAAAUUCAAUUAUUAUUUGGAACAAUUCAAUGCAAGCAAAGAACGCUUGUGCACUCGAAAGGGUGAUAUUAAAUCCAGAUUGGACACAGAGCUUCACUAUGGGCAAAUUGCAAAGGAGGAAGUGCAAAAAUGGUUGGAGGAAGCAGACAAGUUUUUUGCCAGAGAAGAUGUUGUAGAAGAAGUGAAUGGUUGGGGAUGUUUGUCAUGUUGUUGUCGAGUAAAGAUUCUACAGGAAAGGGCUCAAGAACUGAAGAUAAUAUAUGAUAGAGGGGAUAAAUACACUAAUGAGUCUUUGGUCAUGGCCGAUCCAUCCUCCUCGGCAGUGGAAUUGCCAACAAUGGAAUUACAAGGCAGAGAAGAUGUCAAAGAAAAAAUUUUGGCAUGCUUGAUGGGAGAUGAGGUGACAAAGCUUGGAGUUUGGGGAAUGGGGGGUGUUGGAAAAACAACAAUCAUGAAGCAUGUCUACAAUGAGUUGUUGAAAGAAAGAAAAUUCAAAAUAGUAAUUUGGGUAACUGUGUCACAACCCCUUGAUAUCUACAAUUUGCAAAAACAAAUUGCUACAAUCUUGAAGGAAGAAAAAAUACUUGAGCAACAAAAUGCAAGUGUACGUGCAGGAAUGUUGUUACAGGUGUUAGAAAGACAUAGGCCUUACUUGUUGAUUCUAGAUGAUGUGUGGAGUAGAUUUGAACUUGAAGAUGUAGGAAUUCCCAAGCCGCUUGUAAGUGAUGGUUGCAAGCUAGUAUUGACUACACGGUCACAAGAGAUCAAGGGUGCAUUAAAGGAACUUUAGAAUCAACUUUAAAGGGGAUUGUAGAUGAAUGUGAUGGCCUUCCCUUAGCAAUUGUUACUGUUGCUAGUAGCCUGAAGGGAAUAUCUGAGCCACGGUUGUGGAGUGCUGCAUUGAAUCAAUUGAAAGACUGCAAAAGAAAUGUAGCAGGCACAGAUGAUAAUGAUGAUGCAUUUGGGGUAUUAAAAUUUAGUUAUGAUCGUUUGAAAUCCUCACAAAUCCAACAUUGCUUUUUAUGUUGUGCAUUGUAUCCAGAGGACCACAAUAUCCCAAUAGAUGAUAUAAUUGAUUAUUGGAUUGAUGAGGGGUUGAUAGAUGAAAUGGAGACUAUACAAGCAAUGAAGGAUGAAGGCCUUGAUAGAUUGAAGAAACUUCAAGACAAUUGUUUGUUGGAAUCCAGUAAAUAUAUAUAUGAAAAUGAUAGUGUGAGAAUGCAUGAUCUUGUUAGGGAUAUGGCAUUGCAAAUUACAAGAACGAGUCCUCGGUUCAUGGUAGAAGCUGGUAAGGCGUUGAAAAAGCUACCUGAGAAGGGAGAAUGGACGGGAGAUCUUGAAAAGGUUUCAUUAAUGAGGAAUGAGAUAGAAGAAAUUCCUUCAAGCAUCCUAUCUUCAAAAUGCACAAGCCUCACAACUUUGUUGUUAUCCCACAAUAAUUUGUCAACAAUUUCAGAAUCUGUCUUUGAGCAUAUGCCUGCGCUCAAAAUUCU